UGCGAAAAACUAACAAACUACUUGUUGCAACUCGGAAAUUCAAAAAGUUGAUUCGCAAAUGAGCCAGCGAUCAUUUGGAAGUGAAAUUGGAAAUAUGACGGCUGCUACGAAUUCGAAUGAUAUUGCGGACGUUUCGCUCGCCACACCACUAAAAUCGACGGAACAAAUGGAAAAGUCGGAAAAUGGGACAGCCGUCUCCCGCCUCCCAAAGCCACUCGCCAUUGAAGUUUACUCGAAAGUUCACAAUAGCAAUUUAUCAGAAGAUGACCUUCUCGACGAAAUUGAAGACCUAAUUGAUGAGAAAUUCUUUGCCGGAGAGAAAUUAAUGAGCUCUGGCAAAGAAUAUACAGUGGUUUCCAGUGAAAAACGCGGUGGGCUCACACUUUACACAAUGGAGGACGGCACCAAAAUUGGACAUCGCGAUUUGAGACGAAAAAAGGGUCUAUCAGUGGAAGAAAUCAAGAAAAUCGCCAUUGAAGAUGCUGAAUUUGUGGAUGAAAAGCAGUGGAAAGUCCGGGAAGAACUGCUCGCCGAGAAUCCGAUUCGUGAAAUUAAAAAAUAUGCUCCAAUAUUCUCAGCAAAUCGGAAAUCUACGCCGAAAACUGCUCAGCUCAGUGUGGCGGCAGAAGCCGAUGAUUCAGAUGUACAAGAGGUGUCAAUGGAUGCUGAAAGUGGAGCAGAAGCUGCAAAUAAAAGUGCUAUGAAAACUCCACGUGGAGCUCCGCGAGCAUCUGGAGGCCCUGUGAUCCUCUCGAGCCGCCGUUUACAAGAAAAACAGAAGGAAAAAGAUGAAAAAGAGAAGGAAAAACUGGAGAAAAAGCAGAAAGAACAGGAAGAGAAGAAGCAGAAAAAAGAAGAGGAAAAGGCGAAAAAACUGAAAGAAAAAGAGGAAAAAUUGAAGGAAAAAGAGGAAAAAGCGGCACGAAAAGCUGAGAAAAAGGAGAAAAAUAAUGGAACUAUGGACAAAUUUUUGAAAAAAGACACGGGCUCACCGAGCAGCAAAAAUGCACCGUUAUUCUCACCGUCGAAAUGGGGAGAGAAGCGGAUUGCUGUCGGAGUGAAAAAGAUGGAAGAUGCGUGGAAACGGCGCGAUUUGGAGCUGUACAACGAAGCGUGCUCGUGGUGUGAGAAGAAUCUUUCCGGCAAUCAAAGAUCCACUUUUGAGAAUCCGAUUUUCAAAUUUUCUGUUCAAAAGCUCGUCGAUAAAGCCAAGGAUCGUGCUCAUAUGAAAGGAAUGAAAUGGGCUCAAAAAGCCGAAUUUAAGGCUGAAAUGAGUGAAAAACGAAAGGAAUUGUAUCAAAAAUUUGAGCCUAAGAUUAAAGCAUGGUUUAAUGAGGACAUUGCUCUCGACGAUUUGCUCGUAACAUGUGAAAAUUUGGAGCUUUUGGACGCAAAACGUGUCAAUUGUGACGAAGAACUGCUCAAAUGUCUGGAAAUUUCGCAGUUUUUCGUUUCAAUGCGAAAAAUUUUGCUAUGGAACGAGAAUAUCACUGCCGAACAGCUUCGUGAUGAUCUUCACGGAGGAUUUGAUGGAUUUAAGCGAUCCACGUACAAAAUGAUUGCAAAUUUGUUGGAAACUGCGCUUCAGGAAAAAGAGCACGAAAAGGCGGCUCAUUGCAACGCUCGACUCUCGGAAUUCCCAAUAAAUGAGCACACAAUCUCAGAGCUCAUUCGCGCAUUUUUCAUUGGAAGUACAGAAACUUCGUUCAAAAGAGACGGAAAACGUGCUGCUCGCGGAGCCCACGAUGAUGACGAUGAGGAGGAUGGUGAUGAGGAAGAGAUGGAUUCACGGGAAAAAGUUGUAGAAAUUGAGGAAAAACCGGAAGAAAAUGUGGAAAAUGGCGCUGCUGAAAAUGGAGAAAUCGGAGACGAUGAGGAGGAAAAUUCGGAAUCGGAGCUCCAAAAACAGCGAAUUUUGGCUCUUUUCGCAGAUUCGUGUCAUAUUUAUGAGCUCCCCGCUGGUGCACAGCUUGAAGUUCUCUGUGCAAUGAAAGAAGUUGUACAUGGGCUCCCAAUUAUUCGAGAAUGGUUCCUGAGGGAUGCUAACUCGGAAAAGCUCACCGAGCACAAGAAGGAGGCCAAUCGGAUUCGGAAUGAGAUGGAACAAUUUCAUCAACAACUUCAAGAUUUCCCGCCAAUUCCAGAGAUCACUGAAAGUAUGACACGUACACAGACACGUGAAGCCGAACAAUCACUCCGUCGUCGGGAGAAGCUUGAAAAUCAAUUGGACACUCUGAAAAUCGAAUUGGAAGAGAAUCGAGAGGCGACAGCACGUGAAGUUGACGAUUUGGAACGAAUUUUCCGUGUAGUUCAUAUUGGAAAUGAUCGUCAUCUGCGGAAAUACUAUUGGUUCGCUUAUAGUUCAGAUGCGGCGAUUUGGGUUCAAGAUUUUGGCACCACAUCCUACGAGAAAUGGGUACGUGAUUGCUCGGAGAAGGGAUUUAUGGAUGUUGAGAGCUCCGACGUUGAAAAUCGACCAGAAUACGAGGAUUUACCUCUAACCUCGAGCCAAUCAUCUGAAACUUGGUACAAACUUGACACGGAGCCAGCAAUCCGUCAGCUUAUGACCCAACUGAAAACCAAUGGAAAACGAGAGAAAUUGCUGAAAAAGUACCUACGAAACAAUAUGGAUGACAUUAUUUCGAGCAUUUUGAGAAAAGAGAAGAAGCAGAAAAAAGAUGAUGGAGAGGAGGAGGAUGAAGAAGCAUCGGAAGAGGAUGAAGCUUCUGCUGCUGCUGAAAAUGGAGAAGAGAAAAUGGAGACUGAGCAGAAUGAAACCGCCGCCGCCGCCGCCGCCGAGACCCAAGAAGCCGAAAAAAAUGCCCGCCGCUUCACCGGACGUUUUGGCUCAUUGAAGAGAACAAUGAGCGAACUUUUGAAUGAUUGGAAACAGUCUGGAAUAUCGAAAAUUGUGGAUUCGCAAGUAUUUGAAGCCCGAAUGCUCGAAGCGAAUACACUUGACGAAAUGAAACGACUUGUCACAGAACUUGUCACUUCGAUUCCUGUUGAAUGUGUCAUUGAGAAGUUCCCACAGAAUGUGGCUAUUGCGAAAAAGUGCUUCUCCCAUCUAAAAAUGCCACGUUUCUGCCGUCGUGUACAGGAAGCUUCAAAUGCAUCCUGUCUUCACAUGCUUCUAGCCUAUUUUGAUGCCCGAAUCGACCAACAACGUACACUUCCAGAACUUUCAUGUCAAGUGUGCCGCCGGAAGACUGGAACCGAGAGGAAGCUGAUGUGUAAGCAGUGUUCUACAGUAUUCCAUUACGGUUGUCAUCGUCCAACGAUUAGUCGAGCUCUUUUCGAAGAGGAAGGCUUCAAGGAGGGAUGGUGGUGUGCAAAGUGUACUAAGGAAGAUCGUAGAAGGCAACUAUCGGAAGCUAAGGAGGAUCUUCGACAGAAGGAAGAAGGUGGAGGGGAUGAAGAAGAUCAUCAUGGAAGUGGUGAAUCUGACGAUGAGGAUGAGGAGGAUAUUGUUGAAGAAGAGACUCGAGGAAGAUCUGCUAAACGAAAGGCCAACGCUGCAAUGCGAGAUGUGCUUGAAUUUGAGGGAGUGCUGAGGCAGACGCCUGCCCCGCCACCGCCGAAGCGGCAGAAGACCGUUGUUGUGCCGGAAGUGCUGGAGCUGUUCAACUCGAUCGAACGUGCCAAUCCUCGACUCUACAAGACCCUGCAACAAAUUCCCGGCCAAUCCCGUUCGACACGUAACGCUCAACACGAGAAUCGCUCUCUGCCGGAUAUUGAGCAAGAUUUGGACGUUUACACGUCUGCCGAGCAGCUUCACGAGCAUUUGAGCCAAUUCUUCCGUCAUGCACGUGGAUACAUUGAGACUCAUAACCCAAGAAAGUUGGAUGAUCUUGAUGAGCUCAUUUCUGAACUCAAUUUUAUGUGAUUUAUUUCGGAAUACACUGAAAAAUCUUCUUUUUUUUUUGAAAGUGUAUCAUUUUUAUUGUGAAAAGUGUCCUAAAAUGCAGUUGAAAUGUUGAAAAAUCGGUUUUUUAAAUUAAAAAUUUAAAUUUUCGGAAUUUUUUCCCAAAAAAAUUGAAUAUUUUAAAUUUUCCGAUUUUUUUUCCAAAAAAUUCGAAUUUUUCAAAUAAAAAUUUCCAAAAAUAUGAAUUUAAUUUUUUUUUUGAAAAAAUUCGAAAUUUUUCGACUUUUAUUUGCAAAUUUGGAGAUUUUUCCAGUUUUCGCAGAAUUUUUUGAUAUUUUUUCUACAUUUUUUACUUUUUUCCCUAUUUUCUCACUAUUUAAUCCCAAAAAAAACUAUCAAUUUCUUAUUUUUCUCACUUUUUCACAGAUUCUCCAAAUUUUCCUGUCCCUUUAAGAUUUUUUUUCACCCCCCGGCAACGAGUUUUGGCAUUUUUUUGAAAUUUUUCAUCAUGGCAUUCGAUCAUUUUAUCUAAUUUAUUGUAAUUUUUUGGGUGAGAACCCCCUCAUUUUUCGAUUGUAAAACGUUGAAAUAAAGUUGGCACACGUAA